UGCAAACUCAUCAGAAGCCUAAGCUUGUGUUGUGUAGUAAAAAAGUUUUUAAACUAGUUUUUUCAAUUUCAUGGAUGAUUUUAAAAUGGAUUCCGACUUUUUGGGCAGCGUGACAAUUCGAUCUAUUUUAGCAAAUAAAGAUCUUGCGAAUCCAAUUAGAGCUGCACCCGUUGGAAAAGAUGAUAAAGAGUCUGAAGCAGAUAUAUAUGCUGAUGCUACAGCAGCAUUUUUGGGGCCAAAUAUCUGGGAUAAGAUGUCAGAUUUUAAAAUGGACUAUCUGGACUUAGAUGCUAUAUUAAAUAGCAGCCCAGACCAACCGAAGGCAGAGGAAUGUGUUGAUGGAAACACAGAAGAAAAAGUUCUCCAUAUUCAGGAGUUAACUGGGCCGGAACAGGAUGGAAAAAACCUUUGCUUAUCAGCAAUUUUAUCUGGACAAAUUUCGGAGCCAUCUUCUCCUGAGUCAUCUGAAGUAUCAGAGCAUCGAAGUGAAAUGACCCUUAGAAAUAAAAGGCGAUAUUCAGUUGAGUACAAAUUUUCACCUACAGAUUUAGCUCUGGCUACACCACCAGGAGAAGAACAUUACGAUCCUGCAUGUUCUGUUCUUCCUGAUGAACAGUUGAAGCCUCAACCUAUAAUUAAAAAAUCUCGCAAGAACUUUGUCCCUGAUAACAUGAAAGAUGAUAGAUAUUGGGCUCGACGUCACAAAAAUAAUAUGGCAGCCAGAAGGUCUCGCGAAGCUCGGCGGUUGAAGGAAAAUCAAAUUGUGCUUAGAGCAUCAUAUUUAGAGAAAGAAAACACCUCUUUAAAGGAAGAUGUAAUGCGUUUAAAAGCUGAAAAUGAUAUGCUGAAGAAUCAGUUGAAAGAAUAUCAGUCUUGA